CACUGUGUAACGCGCCAAACUGUUUCCGUUGCGGGGACGCGGGAUAAAAUUGUUGUGAAUUUAUAUAGAUAAGAGAGUGUAAGUACUUCGCGCGAUUUACGAGUUUGUGAUAGACAUUACUAAAAACAUAAAAACUUUAUAUUGGCUGUAAAAAUAGUAUGCGUAGAUUGAGUAUGAAAACCAAGCGUAGCAAAUACGAAAUUAGUGAUAGCGAUUCUGAAGAAAAUGGCGACGGACAUUUGACCAUAGCUGACAAUAACGACGAAAUGAAGAAAGGAAAGGAGAAUAAGAAUGUAGAAUCACCACGUAGAGGAUCAGCCAAAAAACGUUUAUCUCGUAAUCGUCAUAACCAGAAAGAAACAACUGAGGACUUUAAUCUGAAGUCUGAUGUAAAAGAUACUCAAGAUGCAGAAGAAGAAAAUAAGAAUGUCGGAAAAGCUGGACCUAGUAAGAGACUCAAAAAAGGAGAUCAAAAGCCAUCUCCUUUAACAAAGCAAGACGGAAAUAAUGAAAAGGAGUAUGAGGUUGAGAGAAUUGUAAGUCAACGUACUAUCAAAGGUCGGCGUCAAUUUUUAGUCAGAUGGAAAGGAUAUGAUGAAGAUUCUGAUACAUGGGAACAAGAAAAGGAUUUAAAUUGUUUGGAAUUAAUUGAAGAAUUUUUAGCUGAAAAUGCAGAAAAUGAAGAAGAUAAUAAGUCUAAAAAGUUAGAAAAUUCUCCAAAAUCACCAAAAAAUAAAAUUACAAAGAUUGAUAAAAAAUCUAAAAAACUCAAAACUAAUAUAAAAAAACAAACUGAAAAUGGUAAACAAAUAACAUCAGAUGAAGAAAAAAGUGUUGUAAAAGAUGAUCAAAAGGAAUUUGAAGUAGAAAAAAUUAUAGAAGUACGUUUUAAGAAGAAUAAAACAAAAGAAUUUUUAAUUCGUUGGAAAGGAUUUACAUCAGCAGAUGAUACAUGGGAACCAGAAGAAAAUUUAAAUUGUCCAGAGUUAAUUGCAAAAUUUAUGCAAAAAGUGGAAAAAGCUAAGACUACCGAAGCACGCGAACUUCGAGCAAAUCGCCCUCACACGAAACGAUAUACAUUGUCUACACAUGAACAUGGAAGAAGAUUAUCUCGACGAAAUAUCGAUAAACAAAGAGCCACGUAUCAUGAGUGUGAUGAAUAAGUGAAUGCACAGCAAAAUUAUAAAAAUUAAUACAUAUAUGUAAAUGUAUAUGCAUAUAUGUAAUUUGCUUUUAUCAAAAGAUUUCAAAAUGAAGCAAUUAACUCUUUUA